UGCUGUUCAAAUGGUCAAUUUUCAGGUUUAUACAGAAGAUUAUGGCACUUGUAGAUGCUAUGAUUCCAGCACUGAUAGACCAACUUUCCACAGCUCUUAAUGCUCAAAAUGGAUGUGAGUUUGAAGAAGAGUUUCAGGUGAUGAUGGCGAUUCUUCAUGGUAUAGAGGCCUUACUUGGGGAUACUGAAGGCCGCAGUCUGGAAAUUGUCCGGGAAACCUUGACUAAAUUCAGAGUUCUGAUGUAUGAAGCAGAUGAUAUAUUGACGGACUACCGACUCAGACAAGAAUAUCAGAAAAAUGGACAACCCUUCUUCAAAUCAUUUCCUCAGAAAUUCUUUUUCCGCCUUCAAACUGGAAAGAAAAUACGGGAUAUUAUUAUAAGAAUGAAGGAGAUAGAUGAAACUCUGGUCAAGCAUUUGAAAGUACAUGGUGGAAGCACCCAUGAAGAAGUUCACACGGACCAGCAUAUUGAAACCUCAUCAUCCCAGUCAGAUGAUAUAGUUGGACUUCAAAUGGAUGUUAAGAAGAUAAAAGAUUGGAUUUUUUGCCCCGAUUACAAGCUUCAAAAGAUUGGCAUUGUGGGGAUGGGAGGCUUGGGGAAAACCACUAUUGCCAAGGAAAUUUUUAAUGAUAAUGAUGUUUGUCAGCAUUUCCAGAAGAGGAUUUGGGUGUCAAUUUCUCAGAGAUUUAUAGUGGAGGAGAUCUUGAGGAGCAUCCUGCAACAAUCAGGAGAACAAAUUGCAAAGCAAUCAUUAGAAAAACCUCGUCAGAUGCUACAAAUUAUUAUUUCACUGUUAAGAGCCAAGACCUGUCUGAUUAUUUUGGAUGAUAUGUGGGAGACAGGUCUCAAAUGGUGGAUGAAUUUUUUCUCUGUAUUGCCGGAUUAUGCUUGUAAGGGGAGUUGCAUUAUUAUCACGACCAGAGACAAAGAUGUCGCAUCUGCUAUUGAAGUUGACAAAAUUCAUCAACCCAAUGUUCUUAAUAAAAGUGAAAGCUGGUUAUUGUUCUCCAAGCAUGCAUUUUCCAGGAAAAAAGAGGACAGUGUUCCUAUUGAAAAUUUUGAAAAAUUGGGUAAGGAAAUCGUGGAUAAAUGUGAGGGACAUCCUCUGGCAAUCAAGACUAUAGGAGCCUCACUUGGAUCGACAGAUUCUCUUGAUGAGUGGAAGAAAAUUUGCAAAAAAUUUUCAGUCCCGAGCAUCACGGAAGAAAACUGUGUCGUUAUGACUUCUUUGCAACUGAGUUAUAAGGCACUCCCACCACAUUUAAGGCAAUGUCUACUAUGUUUCUCCAUUUUUCCUGAAGACUUUGAGAUACCAGCUCAGAAGCUAGUCCAUUGGUGGGUUGGAGAUGGUCUUAUCCAAGGCAUCAAAUCAAAAAAUCCAACGGAGUUGGCCUUUGAGCAUUUAUCGCAACUGGUCAGCAGAUGUCUAGUUGAAGCUGUGGAGAGGCGAGGCUUUGAUGGAAGAGUCAACAAAUGCAAAAUGCAUGAUCUGGUGCGAGACUUGACCCUUAUGAUGGCACAAGAGGAGAAACUUUCCACCUUUGAUAGCAAGGGCAUACAAAAAUUAAAUGAAUAUUCUCCAUGGUUAGGAUUCACGAGCGAAAUGGAUGCGCAAUCAUUAAACAGAAAUACAAAGCUCAGAGCAUUGCUGCAGGUGACUGGCAGCCAACCUCCCAUGAAUUUGGUUUCACUCCACUCACUCAGGGCACUUGACUUGUCAGACAAUAAGUUCGACAAAAUCACUUUAAAUAGACUCUUGAGUUGGAUUAGUUCUCUCAAACGCCUUGCAUAUCUAAAUCUAAGUAGAGCCGAGGGCCUUGAAGAAUUGCCGGAUUCCAUUUGCAAACUCCAGAACCUCCAGCUCUUAGUUUUAAUUGGAUGCCAUAAGCUAUCCAAAAUAAGCCCUUCAGUCACUUUUUUGAAGAGUCUGGUAGUCUUGGACUUAAGCUCUUGCCAAUUGCUUCCAUACCUGCCUCGUGGACUAGGCAGGCUGUCCCAGCUUCAACAAAUAUCUGGACUGAAACUGAUUCGUCAGGCAAACAGAAGAAGUUGUCAACUUCUUGAGCUUGAAGGCCUAACCGAGUUAAGAGUAUUGCGAAUGAGUUUGAGCAAUAACAGUGAAAUAACAGAGAAGGAAUGUGGUGUCCUGUCAAAACUCAAGAAACUCAAGCUUUUAGCCAUUGAUUUUGACUCUGAAGGGAUGGAAGGUACAACAAUGCAAAAGAUGCUAGAUCCACUUUUACCUCCGCCUCACCUUAAGAAGCUGUAUCUUAGGGCUUACAAUCAUGAAAAAUUGCCAAGAUGGGUUAGUCCUGAGAUGCUUCCUAAUUUAGAAUAUCUUUGCAUAGAGGAAGGACGCCUGGUCGACAUUUGCUUAAGUGAAACGACUUGGAAGUUGGAGGGUUUGUGUUUGAGGUUGUUGCCACACCUAAAGAUGGACUGGAGCAAGUUGAGAGAUGCGAUGCCUUUAUUAUGCUAUGCAGAGGUUAGCUUCUGUAACCAAGUAGUCAAUUUCCCUCUUCCUACUGGGGUCUGGAGGCGGAAUCAACAAUGAUGAAUUAUUCAUUCAAGGCAAAGGAUGGAAGGUGAUUGUAAUAUGAUGGUAUUGCAUGAAAUUUAUACUUGUUGAUUGUAAUGUUGAUAAUUUUGCUGAAUGUCUUUAUAUUACUUGUUACAAUUAUAACAUAUAUACAUGGCAGUGAUGUAAAAUUAUGUUCA